GGCAAAGCAAACCUCCACAGUCACCGGGAGAGGAACGGGCCUCGGCCAGGCUGCCCCUGCUGUGCUCAGGGGUCAAGCUGGAGAGACACAGAGGAGGGUGUCUCCAGAUGCAGCCAAUCGCAAGCCCCGGCGCUCGCUCCCACCCCCAGCUCGGCAGCCCGUGGCGGCAGCGCAGCGUGUGACUCUGCAGCCCGCGGUAGCUGGUUUGUGGCGCUUGUCUCAGCCAUGCCGUUCCUGGAGCUGGAGACCAGCCUCCCGGCCGCCCAGCUGCCCCAGGGCUUAGCCGGCAAGCUGUGCUCGGUCGCUGCUGCGAUCCUCAACAAGCCUGAGGAGACGGUAAGCGUCACUGUGAAGAGCGACUUGCCCAUGGUGGUUAGCAGCUCCGCAGCGCCCUGUGCUCAGCUGCUCGUCUCAUCCAUUGCGGUGGUGGGAACCGCGGAGCAGAACAGAGGGCACAGUGCCAAGUUCUUUGAGUUCCUUACCAAGGAGCUGGGACUCGAUGCGGACAGGAUUCUUAUCCGCUUUUAUCCCCUGGAACCGUGGCAGAUUGGCAAGAAAGGAACUGUCAUGACUUUCUUAUGAUCUCUUCAAGAAACCCAUUGAGAAGAAACCCUUGUGGAGGGCACAACCCAAGGAUGGCCAGCUCUACCUGUUUGUUUCUAUGCAAGA